GUCACCGCGGCGCGCCGGGCGGGCGCCGCCAUAUUGGGGGGGGGUCCUCGCCGCGGGAGCGUAGGUGUCCUCAUAAGAUGCCGGCUCGGCGGCGCCCGGCUUUUUCCCCCCCAAGAUGGCGUCCAUGCGGGAGAGCGACACGGGCCUGUGGCUUCACAACAAGCUGGGGGCCACGGACGAGCUGUGGGCGCCGCCCAGCAUCGCGUCCCUGCUCACGGCCGCGGUCAUCGACAACAUCCGCCUCUGCUUCCACGGCCUCUCGUCGGCCGUGAAGCUCAAGCUGCUGCUCGGGACGCUGCACCUCCCGCGCCGCACGGUGGACGAGAUGAAGGGCGCGCUCACGGAGAUUAUCCAGCUCGCCACCCUGGACUCGGACCCCUGGGUGCUCAUGGUGGCCGACAUCCUCAAGUCCUUCCCCGACACCGGGUCCCUUAACCUGGAUUUGGAGGAGCAGAACCCUAACGUCCAAGAUAUCUUAGGAGAGCUCAGAGAGAAGGUGAGCGAGUGCGAGGCGUCCGCAAUGCUCCCGCUGGAGUGCCAGUACCUGAACAAGAACGCCCUGACGACGCUCGCCGGCCCGCUCACCCCCCCGGUGAAGCACUUUCAGCUGAAAAGGAAGCCGAAGAGCGCCACGCUGAGGGCCGAGCUCCUCCAGAAGUCCACCGAGACAGCCCAGCAGCUCAAGAGGAGCGCAGGCGUGCCCUUCCACGCCAAAGGCCGGGGGCUGCUCCGCAAGAUGGACACCACGACCCCGCUCAAAGGCAUCCCGAAGCAGGCACCCUUCAGGAGCCCCACCGCCCCCAGCGUCUUCAGCCCCGCUGGGAACCGCACGCCCAUCCCGCCGUCCAGGACGCCCCUGCGGAAGGAGAGGGGCGUGAAGCUCCUGGACAUCUCCGAGCUGGAUGUGGUCGGGGCCGGCCGGGAGGCCAAGAGGCGCAGGAGGGCCCUGGACACGGAGGCGGUGGAGAAGCCCGCCAAGGAGGAGACGGUCGUGGAGAACGCCACUCCCGACUACGCGGCCGGCCUGGUGUCCACGCAGAAACUCGGGUCUCUGAACAGUGAACCCGCGCUGCCCUCCACGAGCUACCUGCCGGCGACGCCCAGUGUGGUCCCGGCCUCCUCCUACGUCCCCAACUCCGAGACGCCACCAGCCCCAUCUUCGCGGGAUGCCAGCCUGCAGGCCAGCCGUCCCCCAGAGGAGCCUGGCGCGCCGAGCCCGGCGCUCCCGGCGCAGUUCAAGCAGCGGGCGCCCCUGUACAACAGCGGGCCCGGCCCCGCGGUGCCCCCGCCCGCCGCACCCCCCUCGCCCCUGACGCCCGCCACGCCCCCGGCCGCCGCCCCUGCCGCCCAGACGCCUCCGGUGGCCAUGGUGGCCCCCCAGGCCCAGCAGCCCCCCGCCCAGCAGCAGCCCAAGAAGAACCUGUCGCUCACGAGGGAGCAGAUGUUCGCGGCGCAGGAGAUGUUCAAGACGGCCAACAAGGUCACGCGGCCCGAGAAGGCGCUCAUCCUGGGCUUCAUGGCCGGCUCCCGAGAGAACCCCUGCCAGGAGCAGGGCGACGUGAUCCAGAUCAAGCUGAGCGAGCAUACGGAGGACCUGCCCAAGUCGGACGGCCAGGGCAGCACCACCAUGCUGGUGGACACCGUCUUUGAGAUGAACUACGCCACCGGCCAGUGGACGCGCUUCAAGAAGUACAAGCCCAUGGCCAACGCGUCCUAGGCCCGCCGGGCCCACUUACGCUUCAGACCUGGUUUCUCGGGUGUCCUGGACUUGUUUUCUAAAUUUUAAUAUGGGUCCUUUUUGUGUGAUUUAAGACACUUUUGGAUUCAAUAUUACGUUUUUGAAUGUUAAACUUAGCCAAAAAAAAAAGUUAUAACUUCUUAAUCUUGGCAACA